AUGUUGAUUGCUUUAACUCAAGCCCUCUCUUUGGCGGGGGCUGUCUUUGCAUCAGCUCACAUCCCUGGAGACCUUCGUGCUCGUCAAAUCGAUUCAGGACAACUCUCGGCUGCCUAUGACUAUAUUGUGGUUGGCGGUGGGCAGAGUGGCCUUGUGAUAGCUAAUCGUCUCAGCGAAGAUCCCACUAAAACUGUCUUGGUUGUCGAAUAUGGUUAUUUUGACGACUCUCCGGCUCAACUCGAACCUUCUAGCGCGACUCAGUAUCUUUCGAAGAACCUUUUUAAUGCCUCCUCCGUUGCCCAACCUGGUCUCGGGAACAGGCAGGGUAUUGUUUAUGCCGCAUCCGUCGUUGGUGGUGGGUCUACCGUGAACGGGAUGCUAUUUGAUCGCGGUUCUGCUGACGACUACAACAACUGGGAAAAGCUUGGAAACCCAGGAUGGGGGUUCAGUGGACUCCUUCCGUAUUUCAAAAAGAGCGCAACGUUCACCCCACCGCGAGCCGAUCUCGCUGCAGAAUUUAACAUCACCUGGGACAUUCCAAGUGCUUGGGGAGAUGGUCCGAUUCAAGCUACCUUCCCUGAUUGGCAAUGGCCAACUAUCAAGGCCCAGUGGGCAGCAUGGACCGACCUCGGAGUACCUAUCAAUGCUGAAGGUGCAGGCGGUGAUGCCUUCGGUGCUUACUGGGUACCGUCCAAUACCGACCAAAACUACCGUCGCUCGUAUGCACGAAAUGCCUAUUUUGACCCGGCAAAGAACCGUCCAAAUUUGAAGCUCCUCAUUGGUUACCGUGUCAACGAGGUUCUUUUCACUGCUAAUAAGCGGGCGGAUAGUAUCAAAAUCCAGGCUCGGGGGACCGCCAACGGGGCUCCAACUAUUACUGUCAAGGCAGCGCAAGAGAUCAUUCUUUGCGCUGGGUGGAUGCACACACCCCAAAUUCUACAACGCAGCGGUAUUGGCCCGAGCGCUCUUCUUACUCAGGCUGGCAUCCCUGUUCUCGUGGACCUCCCUGGUGUCGGUUCUAAUCUCCAAGAUCACCCAGCUAUUGGCAUCAAUUACCGAUAUCAAACCGACAUUCUUCCCAACCAAGCAUCUCUUUAUACUAACGCAACGUUCCAGGCUUGGGCAGCUCAACAAUGGGCACAAAGGAAAGGACCCUCUUCGAUGGGGGUUGGUAAUGCUUUGGCUACGGUUCCAUUCCCACUUCUGAGCCCGACUUAUCAAACCACCAUCGAUAAAGCCAAAGCCCAAAACGCUGCAAGCUACCUUCCUAGGACGUAUACAACCGAAAAUAUCAACGGAUUUAUUGCUCAACGCGCAUUAAUUCUGGACUCCUUUGGCAGAAAAGACAAUGGUGUCGUCGAAAUCCCAUUCUCUGGUGGAGGAGGUACAUCUCUUGUCCUUGAAAAGCCUCUCAGUCGUGGUACGGUUCUCCUCAACACAGCAGACCGCUAUGCGGAACCGAUCAUUGAUUAUAAUUGCAACAUCAAUCCUGUCGAUAGUGACGUUCUUGUCGCAACAGUCAAGUUUGCUCGCAGGUGGUACCAAGCGCCUAGUCAACAGCGCCUUACCCCGGUUGAGCAAUCACCUGGAACGAGUAUUUCUUCAGAUGCACAGAUUGCUUCUUGGGCCGCCAAUGGUAUGACCCCCAGCACAGCACACGGCUGUGGGACAGCUGCAAUGGCGCCUCGAGAGCAGGCGGGAGUCGUCUCUGCUAAUUUGACCGUAUAUGGCGUGACUGGCUUGAGCGUUGGGGACAUAUCUAUCAUCCCCAUCAUCCCAUCCACACACCCCUGUGCCACUGUGUACGCUAUCGCUGAGAAGGCUGCAGACCUCAUCAAGUCUCGAUAUGAUUCAAGUAUCCCUCCCGCAGGAUCGAAUCCUAUCAGCACGACAACUGUAAUUAGCAGUACCGCGUCAUCAACGACUACCUCUGUGUCUCCUACCUGCACGCCGGUUAGCAAGUAUGGCCAGUGUGAUGGGCAGAAUUACAGCGGGUGCAAAAUCUGUGCCAGUGGAUCGACAUGUCAAUACUCUAACCCGUGGUAUUCCCAAUGCUUGUAA